AGCUCCCAUAUAAUGCCAGUGUCUUUCUUCUCUUCGUUCGUUCUUCGCUUCAUAUUCAUUCCUCUUGCAAUCCUUCUUUUUCAUUUUUUCCUGUCGUUUCAUUCCGCUACGGUACAGCAUCUUAUUCCAAGUCUUUCUUUUGGUAAAUAUACCACCAAUUCCUUAAUACAUGAACACUUUAGAAUUUAGGAAUUCCUUUUGAUUUGUUUUUCUGUUUCUAAUCUCAAUUAUUUUUCUUUUCCUCUCUCUCUCUCUCUCUCUCUCUCUCUCUCUCUCUUUUUUUUUUUAGACCACUAGACUUUUUGUUUUUGUUUUUGUUGUUUCUCGUUUUCUUACGAUCUGUUUGUUUUCUCUCUUGUAAUUCUCUUUUUCUUUCAUUCUAUUUUUUUAUUUUUAUUUUUUUAAUUUAGUUUCGUCAGUUUCUUUUAACUUUGGUGUUUACUAUCGGAUUUUGCAUUUUCUUACUUUCUACUCUCUCUUUCAUUGAAUUUAAUUUGACUUGAAAUUUCCUAUUUUUUAUUUCCGGCUUCAUUUUCAUUCCUUUCCGUUGAUUUCUCCAUUUUCAUUUCCUCUACUUUUCUCUCUUUCCCUUGGAAACGGUUUCUAUCCUUUCCUUCUUUCUCUUUUCUCUUCCUUUUUUGUUGUCUCGUCUCCUCUGUACGUUUUUGAGACAUAACCCGUUUCCUCUCAUUCCCUCCUUCUCACCUGCAAUUCUUAUACAAUGUGUUCCAUGGUCGAACCUCAAACUCCCCCUCCUUGUUAUGAUAGCAUUACAGCAGCCGAUGCCCAUCGAGUCUCUGGCGUUGACUGGGGAGUCCGCGAUCGACGCCAGCAUUGUUCUCGCUUUAUGAAAAUGACUUCCUACGGGCGACCUUUUAGUAAAGACUUUUUGGAAUUGUAUUCCGCCAUGAUCAUUUCCACUCCUUUCUCCAAAAAUCGUUCCCGUUUUCGUACCAUCGAUAGUUCUUGCACCCUCUUACAGCUCUUCGCUACCCUCGAAAACUUGGAAUUAAGCCAGCUGAACCGACUCAAAGGAAACACGGGUAACAAGUUGCUAAAGUCUACCACAAAAUUCACCGUUCCUAAAAAAGCCGCCAAAUGUUUGUGUGAAAUGUUUUUGAAUGCACGCUUGCUUCAAGUCGUUCACAACCCCAUGGCCAGAAAAUUCACCACUGAAAAAUGUGUUCUCCAGCUCACAAACAAAGGUAUCUCCGUUGUUGCUCGUUUCUUACAACACAAUGGUGACGAUUCCAUUCAUGCUAAUGUUUCCCUUCCCUCCAACGAUUCCGCUCCAGUCAUCAUCCCCGUUUCCCGCUUCUCUAGCACUGAUCAAGUUUUACAGGAUGCUUCUUUUCCCGAAAUGCUUUUACAGCGCAUGCUCGGUCCUUAUCCCAAGUGCAUGCGAUCCCGCGACGAGUCCCUAGUCCCCAUUUACUUGAAUACAAUUCACGGGAAAAAACAGCCACCACACAUCACAAAGUACUUACUCUUUGGAAUUGAUAUUGCAGAGUGGCUCAUGAAUCAUACUAUGCUGUUAGACUGGAAUGAGGUUGUCUCGGUCGCAAACAACUUGCUUCUUUAUUCUUACUUGUCCCACUCACAGCCCACUAAUGAACCGUAUUCCUUUAGCUUUGAAAAAGGUGUCUCUUACUAUUUAACUCCAAAGGCUUUAGAAACGGUUGGUUGGAUCGAAAAUCCUUCCGGCGCGUCCGUAAUUCAACAUAUCCAACAAUUAGAUUCCCAUUCUUCCAACAAGGAACUCUUAGAAUCCAUUUUAAAGAAGCCUAGCUUACAAACCUACUUUUUCGAAUUUUUAAAGAAGAACUUUUGUGAUGAAAACCAGCAGUUUUACUCUGAAGUUUGUGAGUUUAACGACUUUUUCUCUCAGGCAAGUCAAGCAAACGAUAUCAUUGCAGUCCGUGAAAGUUUUGUUCAUGCUUGUGGGAUUUAUAACUGUUUCCUCUCCCCUGCUGCUCCAAAUGCCGUUAAUUUGCCGGGCGACUUAUACGAACGAAUUUCCAAUCAUAUGUCUUUGGCAAUGGAAGUGGAACCAUUAGAUGAGUGGUUGCGUAUUGUUCAUAAACUAUUUCUGGAAGCUCAAGCUUUAAUAUUGGAUCUAAUGGCCGGUGAUUCUUUGCUGAAAUUUCUUGAAUCUCAACAUCCUGACGAACAAUAAAUUCGUCUUGUAUGAAUUUUUCUAUCACUCCCUUGCUUUUCUCUACUUUUCCUGUAGAAUGUUUAUAUUUUGUUGUUUGUUUUCUUGU